UGUACACUAGUACAGUACAAUAUCAUCAUUUUGUUUAUGAAAUAGCUCCAAUACCCAGAGUUCGCUCCAAUCAAGGUACUCUGCAGAGAUCAGUAGUAGUACUGCAGAAGUUUUUCUCUACCCUUCAUUCCUGAUUAUUUUCGAAAUAUUGUUCUUUAGGUGAGCACUAAUAUAUAAAUAGAAUUAAUUUCAUUCAUUAAUCUUUGAAGUCGUUUAUUUCCGAAUUUGCCUAAUUUAGGGAAUCUUAUUUUUAUACCCCGACUAAUCAUAUGCUGGAGACUUGAUGAAUGCCAUAAAGCCAAAGAACUAUCAACUCAUAUGGAUUGGAACCAUUGGAUGGGUCACAUUUGCUCACCAGAUCAGCCCAAGUCUUCACAUGGAUUCCAAAGAGUAUGGAGAUUCCGCUGGAAUAGAAUCGAAACUGAACGAGAUAGAUGGAUCGUUUCCUGAACGAAAAAGGCAGAUACGAGAACUCUAUAAUCUCAUAGGCGAGCCCGAGGAGCGACACGGAUCAUCAAUAUUCAUUUACGGCGGUCCUAGCACAGGGAAGUCCUCGAUAACGAAAACGAUGCUAAGGAAACUCAAUAUCAAGCAUGCAUUCGUGAACCUGACCGAAUGCUACACUUCCAAAAUCCUAUUCGAAUCCAUCCUGAACAAGCUAUCCGAUCACAAGAUCGAUCCAUCGGUCGGACAGCCCUACGCCAAGUGCGAUAACGUGAUGGAUUUCGUGCUGCAUCUACAGAACAUCCACAACGGCCACGACCUCAAUGGAACUUUCAUAGUUCUGGAUAACGCCGAAAAGUUGAGAACCAUGGAAUUCAACCUACUCCCAGUAUUCCUCCGAUUCCGGGAAGUGUCCGAGCUCUCCAUCUCGGUCAUUUUCAUCACGGAACUGCCGUUCCAGAAGUUUUACGGGAAGCAAGGAUUAGAGGAGCCGAUAAAGAUAUACUUCCCGCAGUAUAACAAAGACGAACUUCUGAAUAUCCUCGCCGGGGACGUACACCACGCCAAACAGAUGGUUUUGAACAAUUACGACGAACUUCUGGAUUUCGACGGGGAGUUUUAUCGGAACUACGUGAACGUUUUCCUUUCGGUUUUUUACAGGGUCUGCCGGGACCUAUCCGAACUCCGAUACAUGUCCCGAAUCAACUUUCUGAAGUAUUGCGAGCCGAUAAUGAACAAAGAAACUCCGAUAAGCGAUUCGAUGGCGUUGUUUCGGAAGGUUGCGCCAACCUUGAGAAGUUCGCUGGAAGUUCUGUACCUCCGUAUAGCGGACGACAGGACGCCUUCCGAGGCGGGAAAACAAUCUGUAGGUUUGCUUCUUUCCAAAGAGAAUGUCGCGAAAACUUUGGAACUCCCGUUCUACGCCAAAUAUCUUCUGAUUGCAGCUUUCCUGGCCAGCUAUAACCCGGCUAAGGACGAUAAGAGGUUUUUCGUUAAGUUUCAUGGUAAAAAAAUUAAAACUAAAAAGGACAUCAAGAUGAAGAGUAAAGUUUCUGAGCAACUUAAUACUCAACUCGGCCCCAAGCCCUUCUCGCUGGAUAGGCUGCUGGCGAUUUUCUACGCUAUACUGGAUGAAAACAUCGGUUUCAACAAUAACCUGCUGGUUCAGUUAUCCAGUUUGGUAGAGCUCCAGUUGUUAUCGUCCCUUUCUGAUAGUUAUGUGUUAGAUGGACAUAAGUAUAAGUGUAAUGUGAAUUUCGAUUUCAUACAGACUGUCUCUAAGAUGGUAGGAUUUAGUAUUAGGAAGUAUUUAUCUGAUUUCAGUCACAUGUGAAAUGUGCUUUAUGUACCCAUAUUCUUUUUGUAUUACGAAUUGUUUUAAGCGAAUUUGUUAUCUUUGUUAACUUCAAUUCGCAUGUUUCAUCUAGAAUUUUGUU